UCAUCAUUCUUUUUCUCAGACGUCAAGCUGAAUCGACCCGCGGUGGUCGCGCGUAAUUAAAAUAUUAGGAGAUCGUAGGUAUUGAACUAAAAAUGUAAUUCGAAUAAACAACAUGAUUUUGGACACUUCUUCAAAGUAACCCGUGAUGUUUUUGGUCACCUAACCAUUUAGUUUCUAGUUCGCCGCGGUGAAUCUUAAAAUGGGCGACGUUCUGAGUUUAUUUUCUGUGAUAAUAAUGAAAUUUAAAGCUAAGUUCAAUGAAAGUAAGAUUUAUUUUCAAUGGGAUAUUCCAUGGGAGAGAAUGAAAAAGGUGAAAUGGAUGAACGAGCGAGCAUCGCCAAAUAGAGCCUACGUUCCUACGCUGGUAGAGAACGUAGCGAACGUAUGCACGCACGCGAUAUGCGUGGCGCCAGCGUCUCUCGGCGCACGCGAGCUUCUCACGCGGUCGCUCAACGCGCCUCAAGCUAUCGCAGCCGUAGUGUAUGGACUGGCGCUAUGUCUUCUGUUCGCGGUGUCGACUACCUUCCACUCGGUGUGCUGCUGCAGAUCUGAUACCAAAAUGAAGCACUGGCUUCACCGCUGCGACCGCGCCAUGAUCUACAUCUUCAUCGCCAGCUCCUACUUCCCCUGGCUGACCGUCGGCACGCUCUCCUGCUGGAUGCUCCGAGAGCUGCGCUGGGCCAUCUGGCUGCUGGCCGUCCUCGGCAUCACGUACCAGCAGAUCUUCCACGAGCGCUACAAGAUGCUGGAAUUGCUGCUGUACCUGGUCAUGGGGCUCGGGCCCGCUGCGAUCAUCGUCACGUCUAAUCACCAGUUCCCAGCGAUGUCGGACCUGAAGCUCGGCGGCAUGCUGUACCUCAUCGGCGUGUUCUUCUUCAAGUCCGACGGCCGGAUACCCUUCGCCCACGCCAUCUGGCACAUCUUCGUCGCCCUAGCAGCCACGGUACAUUACUUGGCGAUACUUCGCCACCUCUUCCCAGAACUUAAACAAUGAAGACUGCCCUAUAUCUUGGAACGGCUCUCUUUAGGCUAUUUUUUUUAAGCCGUGGAGCGCCAAUCGGCGAGGUACACUCAAUAUUAAUUACCUAGUGACGGCUAAAGGAGUAUUCCACGAAGCUGUAUACUAUUGUCCCGUACAAACGCGAAUUUCCACAUCGGCGUGUUCUUCAAAUCCGACGGCCGGAUCCCCUUCGCCCACGCCAUCUGGCACAUUUUCGUCGCCCUAGCCGCCACGGUACAUUACUUGGCUAUACUUCGCCACCUCUUCCCAGAACUUAAGCAAUGAAGAAUGCCCUAUUAACCUAUUGAAUCUCGGAACGGCUCUCUUUAGGCUAUUUUUGGACGCCGUGGAUUAAGAACGCCAAUCGACGAGGUACAUUCAACGUUAAAAAGUGUGGCAAUGUCAUCAUUAACGUCAAUUUUCUAUGAAAAUAUGACUCCUCCCUUUGUUAUAUUCAAGGCGGUGUGAAAGCUAAAGUGGCCACACAUAUAUCGAUACACAUCCUUAUUUCUGUAGUCAAGGUGGCUAGCGCAUGGUUCGAUUCAGCGGUGUUUUUGCCAAUAGUGCGAAUUUUUCGUACGGGUUACCACAACAUUUUCUAUCACUUGCCUGCUUUAGAGAGUAUGAAUUAUCCGCCUAAUCGAAGAUUUUAGAUAGGUAGACAGGGCAGAUCACACAUGGUGGUAGGUGGUGCGCAUUCAAUUUUGCCAUAUUAGUACAAAGCUUAUAACACGAGCGCGAGGUGUUGUCUGCCUAAAUUAUUGAGCCCACCAACUGACAAGAAAUAUACGUGUUUCAAAUAUUUUGCUCUAUCCCAGAUCAAAUUAUUAAUUAAUUUAUAUUAUAACGAUAAUUUCAUUAAAAAAGAAAUAUGGUUUGACUGUAUAACUUUGCACGAGCUUUUCAAGUUGUGUACCUAGAAACUUCCAUUCAAUCUUCAUAAGGUUAUUUGCAAUUUAUAUUCCGAGCGCUAUUCAUGGACACAACCGGCGUCGCUGAUUGGCGUAAAAGGCAAAUUAUUGUCGCAACAAGCCUCGUUGAUUGGCGUAUAAUGCCGCCAUUGAGAUCUUUGUGCAGCUAUCUGCGGCUUAAGGGCACUGACUGUAGAAUCAGCUCAUAUAUAUGUAUGCGAUUGUGAACCUUACUCCAUUGAAAUAAGGAAACAUGCGUAUACUUAUUUAUGAGUGUAGAUUAUCCUCUCUAUUAGGUGUUAGCUAUGCCAAUGUUCGCUAUGAGUUGUACGCCUUCCUGCCUUCACAAUACGUCUUGUACUAAGAGCAACACUCAUUGGUGGUCCUUAUGAGUCACUCGAACUCGGGCCCGUUUCUCACAAGCUUGUAACUUGUAAUAUAAGUGGAAGUCCCUUUCUAACAAAAGCUGUCAAAAAGUGACAUCCGCUUGUAUUACAAGUUACAAGCUUUUGAGAAUCGGGCCCCUCGUCUCCAAAAAGCUGCUCCCAUACCAGCCAGCUCGUUCCUAUUAUAAUUUGACCUAUAGUAAUUGGAGAUCUUAAUUAUACUAGUCUAUAUACCAGUGGUUCCUAACCUGGGGGUAAUUACCCCCGUGGGGGUAAAACUGGUAUUGUACGGGGGUAAUAAGCUAACCUAAUAUCACAAUACAACAAAAGUACACGCUUUAUUUUUUAUUACCAUUGGGAGGAGGGGUAAAAUCAGAUUCCCUAGUUAGUCAUAGGGGUGACCGGACUGAAAAGGUUAGGAACCACUGACACCGUAUCCAUAGAUAAAUUAAACUUUCUUUGUUACACAGUACUUUCCAGUUUGAUACCUUAUUAUGAUACAAAGUAUCUUUUACAAGCUUUUCAGGCAGCUUUUGUAAUUUAGACUUUAUUUUAAUGGUGUUAAAGUUGCUGUCAUUUAGUAGCAUACAACAUAUAAUAACAAUUUUUAUAUUAAUGGGAAAAUGGGGUAUGUAUCGUACUGCCUUGAUAAUUUGUUUAAUUUUUUUUUUUAUUAUUACUUCCUUCUAGUUUUCCAUAUAUUCUUUUAUAUUUAUGUUGUCUUCCAUUCUUUUACGUGGAAUUGUUUUGUAUUAUUCAAAAUACGAUCCUUGAAUAUUGGAUAGAUAUUUAGAAUUUAAUUUGAAAUUAAAAUAAAGUAAAUAAAAAAAAAUAUUCUAAUUCUAACAAGUUACAUAACUAUUCCGUAAAUUGCUUCCUAAUUACUUUCACUUUUUUUAAUUAGAAGUUAUACUCAUAUUUUACCACCAGCUUUUCGGUGAAGGAAAACAUCGUGAGAAAACCGGACUAAUCCCAAUAAGGCCUAGUUUCCCCUCUGGGUUGGAAGGUCAGAUGGCAGUCGCUUUCGUAAAAACUAGUACGCCAAUUCUUGGGAUUAGUUGUCAAGCGGACCCCAGGCUCCCAUGAGCCGUGGCAAAAAUGCCGGGAUAAAGCGAGGAAGAA